GUGUUGUCAUUCGAGCAAGAGCCACCAGCGGAGAGGACGACCUACCAGCGAGCACUAGGAUGAGCAAGAACCAACAUUUUGGUGUUUAUUAACUUGCCUUUUUAAACAACAAUGUCUUUUUGACGGGCACGUCUCGCCGCUUUUAAGUCGUCAUAGUCGGAAAACAAGUCGCGGCUCGUUUUGGCCAAGCUAAUGCUAUCACCAGCUAGCCUCCGUCGUCCGUCCACCGUGCGGCCGAAGUAGCCGAGCGACCGCCUCCUCUUUCCGCCGCGCGCUGGCCGCCGAGCCGCCCUCCAAGCAUGGAGAAAAGUAGCCGCUUGCUGGAGCUCCUCCGCUUCCUACGAGACCCCCACCUGGUCGCUCGCUUCCAGCACAUUUGCGGGGUGCGAGGGACGUUCUCCGGGGGCGGCGGCGGCGAAGCGGAGCCGAGCGAGGCGCACAACAACGGGGCUUGCUACCACCAACUGGACGCGGAGGAAACGGGGACGGUUCGGAAGAGGACUGCCGGUUUAAAGAACUCUCCCCACAACGGCUCCCUUCCCGCCGGCGUGGCUGAGCACAGCGGGGCCACGACGGAUGGAGCCGGGGAAGCCGGCACGGUCAAGCCCCUCCGCAGAAACUCCUUGACGGGUGACGCCGGCCAAGAGUUUCGGGUGGAGAACCGCUUCUUGUACUACCUGUUUACCUUCGGAACCGAGCUGGGCAACGAGUUCUUCUACAUCACCUUCUUCCCCUUCCUUCUGUGGAACGUGGACGCCUUUGUGAGCCGGCGGCUCAUCAUGGUGUGGGUGUGGGUCAUGUACCUGGGUCAGUGCACCAAGGACGUCUUCCGCUGGUCCAGACCCGCCUCGCCUCCUGUGGUCAAAGUGGAGAUGUUCUACAACUCCGAGUACAGCAUGCCGUCCACCCACGCCAUGUCCGGCACCGCCAUUCCCUUCGCCCUCUUCUUCAUGACCUGUGGCCGCUGGGAGUACUCAGUCACACUGGGUUACGUCUUGGCUUUCUGCUGGUGUCUGCUGGUCUGCGUCAGUCGGAUCUACAUGGGCAUGCACUCUGUUCUGGACGUCAUCGUCGGAGUGAUCUACAGCGUGGUCAUCCUGCUCGUCUUGCUGCCGGCGUUGGACGCCAUCGACCAUUUUGUGCUGACGUGCGCCUACGCCCCGCUGGUCAUCGUGAGUCUCCACCUCAGUCUGGGCCUCUUCUCCUUCACUCUGGACACGUGGAGCACGUCCCGAGGCGACACGGCUCAGAUCCUGGGCUCGGGCGCCGGCGUGGCCCUGGCGUCCCACGUCAACCACCGCCUGGGCCUGAUGCCGGACCCGCUGCCGGGACGUCUCCCCCUGUCGCUGCCCGCCCUCAGCGGGGACCUGGUGGGGACGGCGGCGCUGCGUUUCCUGCUCGGCGUGCUGAUCCUGGUGGCCACGCGGGCGCUGAUGAAGGCCCUGACCAUCUCGCUCGUGUGCCGCAUCUUGGCCAUUCCUGGCGACGACGUGAGGAAGGCGAGGCAGCACAUGGAGGUGGAGCUUCCCUACCGCUACAUCGUCUACGGGACGGUGGGCUUCAACGUGCUCUUCCUGGUGCCCCUCAUCUUCAGCUACCUGCCGCAUUGUUGACCACUCCCUUGCUAGUGACAGCACAGCGCCCCCUGAUGGCAUCUGCCCUAUUCACGGUUAUCUGAAUAACACUUUCUUCCACGGAUCACUACUGAUUCCCGAGCACCAGCGUUGAUUUGCACUGACGACCUCCAAGCAGGAAGUCUUUUUUUUUGUGGACGCAAACGAGCUGCUAAGUUUGUCAGCUCUGUGAUCGCUUGCUCUUCCUGUUCGGAGAAAAGCACAAGCCGGCACAUAAGAUCCUCUUUCAAGACCUGAUGUACACUGUAAGAACUAAAGUUGUGUUGUCUUUCCACAUGACAACGCAACUAUGACGACACGCCUUCUCUAGCGGUGCUUUACCAUUUUUACCGCUGGCUUCACAAUCAACUUCUAUACGCGAUACAAUGAGAGAUAUUUUUCAAAGAUUCUUUAGUUAGAAAUCAAUCGUAGCACUGUGAUUGGUCGAUUGUGACCUCUUGUUUUGACCCACACAUGUUUGAUACUUUUUAAAAGCUUCACUCAGCUUUAUCAAUCAAUCAAUCAAUCAACGUUUACUUAUACAGCCCUAAAUCUCGAGUGUCUCAAAGGGCUGCAUAAGCCACAACGACAUCCUCGGCUCAGAUCCCACAUCAGGGCAAGGAAAGAACUCAACCCAAUGGGAUGACAAUGAGGACCCUUGGAGGGGACCGCAGAUGUGGGCGACCGGUGCAAUGGACGGACGAGUGGAUCUAACAGAAUAGUGAGAGUCCAGUCCAUAGUGGAUCUAACAUAAUAGUAAGAGUCCAGUCCAUAGUGGAUCUAACAUAAUAGUGAGAGUCCAGUCCAUAGUGGAUCUAACAUAAUAGUGAGAGUCCAGUCCAUAGUGGAUCUAACAUAAUAGUGAGAGUCCAGUCCAUAGUGGAUCUAACAUAAUAGUGUGAGAGUCCAGUCCAUAGUGGAUCUAACAUAAUAGUGAGAGUCCAGUCCAUAGUGGAUCUAACAUAAUAGUGAGAGUCCAGUCCAUAGUGGAUCUAACAUAAUAUUGUAAGAGUCCAUAGUGGAUCUAACAUAAUAUUGUGAGAGUCCGUAGUGGUCUGAAAUUUCCCCAGGGACUUUGAACAGUUUAUUUUUAAAUUUUUAAAAAUGUCAUAUUUUUUAUAGCAACGUUGUUAGAAUAGAAUAUUACCAAAGUACACACACGUUCACUCUGUCGGCCCGAUUGACUCCCGUUAUAAUAUAAAUGCCAUUUUUUUAACAGAAUAAUCCUUUCAUAUUACUCCGCUUUUUCCAUGAAAACCAAAACAAAGAAAACAAGAAAAUAUUGUUUGAUUGAUUGAAACUUGUAUUAGUAGAUUGCACAGUACAGUACAUAUUCCGUACAAUUGACCACUAACUGGUAACAACCCAAUAAUUCAACUAGUUUAAGUCGGGGGGUCCACGUUAAUCAAUUCAUGGUUUUGGCGUAGUUGCACCACUUAAACACUUAAUGGAUCAUUCAAAAUUCUCAGAGCUUUGAUAAUCGUAAAUGAGUUAAACUGCUAUUAAACCACUAAAAUGCAACGCAAACGAUCUCAGGCCCAAAUGACUUGUAGGAACUCAACUAAGUUCUGUUAGCUUUCUCUCUUUGUAGCUCACAAAACAACACAACACAAAACUAAUCUAAAAAAGCAAUGUAAGAAAUUAUUGAUUUUAAUUACCACUCUGCAACUAUUUGUUUUUAGCUAUUUUACAGUUAUUUUUGACAAAAACACUAUAUAACGUCCAUCCAUCCAUCCAUUUUCUUCCGCUUAUCCGAGGUCAGGUCGCGGGGGCAGCAACCUAAGCAGGGAAACCCAGACUUUCCUCUCCCCAGCCACUUCGUCCAGCUCUUCCCGGGGGAUCCCGAGGCGUUCCCAGGACAGCCGGGAGACAUAAAUAAAUGAUAAAUGGGUUGUACUUGUAUAGCGCUUUUCUACCUUCAAGGUACUCAAAGCGCUUUGACAGUAUUUCCACAUUUACCCAUUCACACACACAUUCACACACUGAUGGCGGGAGCUGCCAUGCAAGGCGCUAACCAGCAGCCAUCAGAGGCAAAGGGUGAAGUGUCUUGCCCAAGGACACAACGGUCGUGACUAGGAAGGUAGAAGGUGGGAAUUGAACCCCAGUAACCAGCAACACUCCGAUUGCUGGCACAGCCACUCUACCAACUUCGCCACGCCGUCCCACAUAGUCUUCCCAACGUGUCCUGGGUCUUCCCCGUGGCCUCCUACCGGUCGGACGUGCCCUAAACACCUCCCUAGGGAGGCGUUCGGGUGGCAUCCUGACCAGAUGCCCGAACCACCUCAACUGGCUCCUCUCGAUGUGGAGGAGCAACGGCUGUACUUUGAGCUCCCCCCGGAUGGCAGAGCUUCUCACCCUAUCUAUAAGGGAGAGCCCCGCCACCCGGCGGAGGAAACUCAUUUCGGCCGCUUGUACCCGUGAUCUUGUCCUUUCGGUCAUAACCCAAAGCUCAUGACCAUAGGUGAGGAUGGGAACGUAGAUCGACCGAUAAAUUGAGAGCUUUGCCUUCCGGCUCAGCUCCUUCUUCACC